UGCCCAGGUUGUCCUCGGUCCGUUCAUCCAGCUCUUCGCAUUGUGUUGCAGAAGAGUUAGCGCCGCGCCCUGCAUUCAACCAAACUUGAGGAGUUAGCAUGUAUUUACAUAAAAUGUAUGUAUUCCGUAAUUAACAAAUGCAAACAACAAAAAAAGAUCGAUUCUGAAACACAGUGGAUUAUAAACAAGACGUUUUGGAAAAUAAGCUACACUAAGGAGAAGAUUAAGAAGUCUGGUUCCACACUCCUGAAGGGCAGUAGCAGCUGACGCAGAGACUCCAGGAGGACGGAAAGCAGGGAAGAGAUCAGCCGAGGGAAGGAAGGAUGGAGAAACAUCAGUGCUACUACAAUGAGACCAUAGAGUUCUUCUACAACAGGAGCGACAAGAACAUCAGCACUGUGUGGAAGACCAAAGACUACAUGGUGGUCAGCAUGGGGCUCACGGUGUGCUUCGUCGUCAUGCUGGCCAACAUCCUGGUCAUGACGGCCAUCAUCAUCAACAAACGCUUUCACUACCCCAUCUACUACCUCCUGGGCAACCUCGCGGCCGCUGACCUCUUCGCAGGCAUCUCCUACAUGUACCUCAUGUUCCACACGGGCCCCUGGACCAUGAAGCUCGACCAGAAGCAGUGGUUCUUGCGCCAGGGCUUGCUGGACACCAGCCUCACGGCUUCCGUGGCCAACCUGCUGGCUGUGGCCGUGGAACGGCACCAGACUAUCUUCACCAUGCAGCUCCACAGCAAGAUGACCAACCAGCGUGUCAUCUUCCUGAUCGUGUCCAUCUGGCUGGUGGCGAUCCUGUUGGGCCUCAUCCCCAGCAUGGGCUGGAACUGCGUGUGUGACCUGAAAGGCUGCUCCAGCAUGGCCCCCCUCUACAGCCGCAGCUACCUGAUCUUCUGGGGGGUGCUGAACCUGUUCACCUUCACCAUCAUGGUGGGGGUCUACACCCACAUCUUCGUGUACGUAAAGAGGAAGACCCUGCGCAUGUCCCAGCAUACCUCUCACCCCAAGCAAAAGGAAACCGUCGUCAACCUCAUGAAAACCGUCACCAUGAUCCUCGGUGCCUUUGUGAUCUGCUGGACCCCUGGGCUGGUUAUCCUCAUUCUGGACGGGGUGAACUGCGUGAGCUGCAAAGUCCUGCUGUAUGAGAAGUACUUCCUGGUGCUGGCGGAGUGUAACUCGCUGGUCAACCCCAUCAUCUACUCGUACCGCGACCAGGAGAUGCGCAACACCUUCAAGCGCAUCCUGUGCUACGUGUGUCGGCGCCACCGGCCCUGCGACGACACGCCCGCCGUGGCCUUCUCCACCCUGCGCUCCGAGAAUGGGAACCCGCACUCCCACUCCAACUCCCUGGUGUGAGGAAAAGACAUGACCAGGGACCUUCAUUUAAUACAAAUUGUAAUGGAAUACAAUUUAGAUUUCCAUCCUCCAGAGUGACUUUUGCCUCAGAGGACAUUCAUUUUACACCAGGAAGAGACGCAACGCUCUCGCACGUCCGUUACAAUACCGUUGUAUUUCCCCAGCGGACUGAGGGAGCGUUUGCUCACUUCUGCGACGAGACAAGAGAUUCUGUUUUCGUUUUUUCUUUUCUGCACGAUAAAUGCAAUACGUUGUUUGUUUUCUGAAGGUUUUUUUUUUUUUCCCCCAGACUUGCUCGGCAGCAGCAAGGUUUUCAUUACAGCGUGGUUUUAAGAGCCUGGCAAGGAUCUGGGAUUGCACUGGAGACGGUAGACAAAGGGGACGAGAGGGACGUAGAGGAACGGUUUGGCACUCUGUGUUGUGUACAGCAUAUCCUCCUAGAAUAGCGUUGACGUAAGUCUCUCUUCAAGAUAAUCACAGCCUAUAGCAGUGGCAGGGAGCCCGGAUAGCUGUACAGUGCCUCGGUUCGUUUCCUCACUGCAGCUGCAGUUAGAGACGUUUUUGUUCAUGAACUGUGUAAAGGCCCUCAUGAAAGGGUAAUAAUAUUUCUCAAGAUUAUAUUUUUGCUAUGCUUGUAAAGUGUAUUUAAGAAAAAAUAAGAUUUAGGAGAAGGAAAUGGGACCAUGACCCAGACGUCUUGUUGUACAUCAUUUGCAUGCUUUUACUCUGUUGUCAUUUUGCUGUCUCUCUUUGAUUCUUCCAAAAUGAUGUUCUAGUCUACUCAUAAAGUAGUUAUAAGGAAAUAUCCAACCAGCAAGUCAAACUUUUAAAUUUCUUCAAUUUCAUUUCAACUGCAUUGCCAGCAAUUAAAAAAACAGGGCAGAGUUAGAGGUUAAAUAACCACAUUUUCAUUUUAAAUAUGCAAACAUUUAGCAAUUA